AACUCUUUUUAACUUUUAACUAGAAUUUAGGACACGAGUUCUUAUGUUUGGCAUGAAAAGGACAAAAAGUUCCGACCAGAUGUUGUCGUAGAAGAACGUGAAAGACUGUAAUAAUAAUCUUUAAAAUAAUAUUAAAAAAUAAGUACACAGAAUUUCAUGCAAAAUGGCUCCUCCUUCUCUCUCUCUUCUUCAUCUUUAUUCGCUCAACGGCUAUAUUCACACUUAUUUAUUACAAAACCGUUUUCAUUAUUACACUAAAAAGCUCAAAUACAUUUAUAUAUUCUCCAUUAUUCUCCAACGGUCCGUUACUUCGAAGCACUUUGCUUUAUAACCACAACUAUAUUCAUCUCCUUCCUUUAGUCAUCCUCUCUUUUUCUUCUAUAUCUCUCACUCUCUCUCUCUCUCUCGAUGGAGCUUGCUGUUGUUGUUGUUGUCACUGAAGCUACACAAAUCCAGCACGUCAACAGGAAGUCCUCCGACGAGUUGCUCCGGAAGUUCGCCGAUCCUGACGACUUAGACGAGCCAACAAAGUCAACGAAGCGCCCGAGGAAAUCAGCUACUAGGAGCUCUCGAGAGAAAAACGGUGUUGACGUGGAAAGCAACACUAGUACUACAGGUUUGGUGGAGAGGAAACGGCUCUUGCUUGCUCCGGCCGUUAGUAAACGGCGGUCUAUGUUUCUCCGCCAGAUUGCUUCUGGAAAGUCACAUCUCAAGAACAAGUCUCUCGUCAGAACCAUCGGGAAGACAUGGCGUAAAACAAUGGAAGGAGCGUCAAGAGUUUUCAUCGAGAAGCAUUAUAAUAGACACAGACGUCUAAUCAACGAUGUUCUUUGAAGCAGCUUCUGCAACUCUUUGUUUUAUUUUUUCUUUAAUGUGUUUGUAACUUUAUAAACGUGAAUCUCUAACGUUUUAUUUUACAUUUCAUUAUUCGUUUGUACUUUUUUUUAUUUGGUCAAUUUUUAUUCGUUUGUAACUUUUAAAUUUCAAUAAUAUCAAUACUUUGAUA